AUGCCCCGAAAUUCCCAAUUUCGCUCGGGCAGAGACCCUCUUGGCGACCACCCACACCUAACGCUGAAGAAGGGCCAUGUUACUGGCCCGUUCUCGUUUCUCAAUCCCACCUCCGCGCGAUAUGAGCACGACCAGCUAGAUGCCAAAGACGUGGAGGAAACACCUCCAGCGAAAAUACCCAGCGCCAGUGCCACCAAACCAGCGCACGUUGAGCGUCUCUGGCGAUCUCGCGAUAAUAGGAAAGGUCGCCAUGCGCUCCGGGUCGAUUAUCGCGUGUCCCCCGACGAAACGGGGUACACGGCCCCGAUGCCAACGGCGAGCUUCAAAGCCGUUGCACGAGGCAUUCUUCGAAUGGUGACGUACUUCCCUUACUGGGAUGUGUCGUGGCUGGUUGCUUGGUCGUUCACGCUUGGCUCGGUGAUCUGGAUCAUCAAUGCUUUCUUCUCCUGGUUGCCACUCGUCGACCCGCAGACCGAGUUUUCGAACGAGUCAUUGCUAGGCGGCGGGAUCACCGCGUUCAUCGGAGCCACGGUGUUCGAGAUAGGCAGUGUGCUACUCCUCCUGGAAGCCAUCAAUGCAAAUCAGACCAGCUGCUUCGGCUGGGCAUUCGAAACGGUCCUGCAGCAGGUCGAGGGCGACGCGCACAAACAUAGGACAGAGAUGAAGCCGAGCAUCGACGCGUGUCAGCAUCACCAUGCAAACCGGAAAUCUUUCCUCAGCGCUGAUCACCAAAAGCGGAGCCAAGCUGGGUACGUCACGACGUCGCCCGAUGGCAGAUCAUUCCGAUGGAUGCCUUCCAUGUCAGAGCUGCGCACGCAUUACCUCCACGAGCUGGGAUUCUUGGCAUCUUUGGUCCAAUUCUUUGCCGCAACGAUCUUCUGGAUUGCGGGUUUCACCAGUCUGCCGGGAAUCAUCAACCAUAUGAGCCAAGGCCUUACCGAUGGAGUAUACUGGGUCCCCCAAAUUGUCGGUGGCCUGGGCUUUGUUGUGAGCGGGUUACUCUUCACCCUUGAGACCCAAACCAAAUGGUGGAAACCCGCUCCACAUGUCCUGGGGUGGCACAUUGGUGUCUGGAAUUUCAUCGGGGGCGUUGGCUUUACUCUCUGCGGUGCGCUCGGACCGGCCAGCAAUAGCUCGUCUGGUGUGCUGUACCAGACUUGUCUCGCUACCUUUUGGGGAUCAUGGGCCUUCAUGAUCGGAUCUACCCUUCAGCUGUACGAGAGUCUAGAGAAGCAUCCUGUUGAGAAGCAGUAA